ACUAAAGCGUGAAAAACGUAACAUUCAACACCAGCUUUCAACGAAUUUCUCCUAUAAAACUUAACAAGCUUGACAAACUUCACCAUCAGUUGGCAAAAUGAAGUUCGGCAUUGUGACAUUUUUGGGCGUUGUGCUGCUGGCAGCACUGACGGAGGCAAUUGUUGGUUCACCACCGCAUUUUGGCAAACGGGAAGCCGUGAUGGUGCCAAAUGAAGCCGCUAUCGUCAAACGAAAUGGACCUCCAUAUCUAGAUGAAGAUUUUGGCCGGGGUAAACGGGAGGCUGUUGCGAAACGAGCUGGACCUCCAUACGAUUUCGGUAUGGGCAAACGGGAGGCUGUCGUUAAACGAGCUGGACCACCAUAUGGCUUUGGCUUGGGAAAACGGGAGACUGUCGUCGAACGAAACGGACCUACAUUUAAGAAAUGAAAUUUAUGUCAAUAUUUUAAUAUUUUUGCGAUUUUUUUUGGUUAGAUGAUUUUGGCAUGGGCGAACGCGAAAGAAAAAAAGUUGGAAGUUUGAUUUGAAUUAUAUAAAUUAUUGUUUAAUUUUAAAAUUACAAUGUUCAAAUAUUAUCUAAAUGUUG